AUGGCUCCUCCUCAUGGGCGCAGUUACGUGGCUGUUAGUCCUCCAUUUCUACCACCACCGAUAACAAUGGCUUCCGUCCCUCCUUUACAACAACUGCAAACUAUCAUCCCGCGACCCAAACCGGCAGCACAUGAAAACAUAGAAUGUUCUAAUUGUGGUACGAAAAACACGAGUGCAUGGAGACGAAGUGCAGAUGGGAAAAGCGAAUGCAAUGCGUGCAAUCUAUUUUUUCGAAAAAACGGACGAAAGCGGCCUCCAUCAAUGCGUCGUGACACCAUUGCGCGACGAUAUCGUUUGUCACGAUGUGAUCUCUGCGCGAUAGAGACGCAGAAUGCACCGCAAGAUGGUACAGUUCAGCUGCAAAAGCCUCGUCAACGUAGGAAUGGAAAAAAGAACGAUACUCAGAGUGCACAGUCAUGUUCGUCGUCAGACUCGUCCGUCUCAACUCAGCAAUAUUUCCUCUCACAUCCAGAGUUUCAACAGCCUCUUCCGAAUUUUCUGGCUACAAGUGAUGGAUAUGUGCACCAGAAUUCCGUCGUGAUGAACUAUAACGAAGGAACAAUGUUCAAUUUGAUGAAUGAUGAUGAUCAAGAUGGACAGCCAAGCAAACGUUCCUGUUUUGAUGGAGACAACGAAAAAUCUGUUUUGCCUCUUGUUAGAGGUAAUUCUUGUGUUACCCAAGUCUUUCGAGAGCAAAAAGAAACGAGAAUGAAUAGAACUGCACAGAAAAAUCCGAUGGGUCAAUCCAAGCAGCAGGAAAAUACCUUAGCAUUGAUGAGAGAAGAAGUUUUUGACGAGCAUGAAGUUACACAUAAUCUAAGAGAACAGCAAGCUGAACAACUUCUGCACGAAGAAAGCUAUCAACAUUAUUUCCACAAAAGAAGACUGAAUGAGGGUAACAAGCUGAUUUGUGAAAUGAUGAAAAAGAAAAUGGUUGGACAUUAUGGCGAUAGUGUGAAAGGAGAACCACGAAACGCGAAACAAAAUCACUACUCAAACAAACUUAAAGAGGAUACCCAUGAAAAUGGCCAUGAUGAACUCACAUUUCAUUCCCUCUAA